CUCGUCCAAGGUCACCUUGAGUUUUGAAAAUUGUCUCGAUUUGCCGCUGGAAUUGUAUCGGUUGUCUGAAACGGUGGACGAUAUUUCUCGCUAUCUUGUACCACUGCAGUCAAUUUUAGUAUUUUCAAACUUGUGGCUAUGCCUUUAGCGUCCCAGAAAGAAAUCAUGUCGGAACAGAGUGCUUCGAUCAAGUUGGCCAUUCAUCACAACGACAAGGGCGAAGGAACAUUGUACCGGCUGAAAAAGAACGCGCUGGUUCAUGUCCACCCGGGAGCAUCGCUACUAGGUCGACGUGUGGCCAUAUUUUGCAACUAUCCCAGUGAUGGACAAGAUUUCGACCGAAAGCGCUACACCCAGCUGCAAUGGUUUUCUCCUACGGGAACGCAAAUAAACACCAACGAAGUAAAAUUUUUGCCAAUCAAGGACAUCGAUUGCUAUUGCACCGUACAUCUAACACGCUCUGGAGCUUAUCAUUUCUACAUUGUGUACGAGGGAGAGCAGCAAAAUGAACCUCAAGGCGGUUUGUACGUGCAGGUGGAACCACAUCUGACGGUUGGCAAGGGUGACGCACAGACGCAUCUUCCGCUGGAGGCCAUUCGGUGCCAGACCGUUAUCUCGAAGCUGAUGGGACCGAUCAGCAGCUGGGAGGCAAAGCUACAAGUUACUAAAGAAAGCGGUUACAAUCUUGUUCACUUUACUCCGAUCCAGGAGCUCGGUGGUUCCCGGUCCGCUUACUCGCUCAAAAAUCAACUGCAUGUCAAUCCGGAGUUCAAAAAUGAUAAGGAUCGCGAUAUUAGUUUCGACGACGUCGAAAAGGUGGUCAAAAAGAUGCGAGAAGACUGGGGGAUUGCAUCGAUCUGUGAUAUCGUGCUAAACCACACUGCCAACGAAUCUAUUUGGAUUCGGGAGUAUCCCGAGUGCACCUAUAAUUGCUUCACUUGUCCUCAUUUGAGGCCAGCAUUCAUGCUGGAUGCUGUUCUGGCACGUUUCGGUGAGGAUGUGGCCGCUGGAUUGCUUGACCAUGUCGGCGUACCGAAGCUUGUGGAAACGGCCGACCAUUUGCAGGCAAUCCGGUGGCAGCUGCAUUCCAAUUACUUGCCACAAGUUAAAUUGCAUGAAUUCUACCAGUGCAACGUGGACAAAUAUCUUCAGAAGUUCAACGAAGAAGCAUCCAAGCAAAGCCCGACACCGGUACAGCAGGUUCCAGAUGGAGAAAUUGUGCUUAAACCCGACCCGGAAUAUCGUCGCUUGGAAGCGGUGAUCGAUUUCAAUCGUGCCAUCAAAAUGUACAACGUUUUUCGACCGGAUUGUUUCGACGAGGAUAGCCGCAAGCGCAAGUGUGCCGAGGUGUUCCGGUCCCGUUUGCAGUGGCUCAACGAGGAGGUUCGUAAGGAGAUCCAGGGUCAUCUGGAUUAUGCGAUUGAAAAUUGCCUCGCCGGUGCGCGGUACGAGCGAGUGCAAGCCGAUGGUCCGCAGGUCAAGGGAAUUUCGCUGAAGUAUCCACUGUUUAUGAAAUAUUUCACCCAAUAUGGCAUCCAGGGGAAGUCCCUGAAAGACAUCGAAGAGAUGAUGUAUACCGAGCCGGGUAAAUUAUUUAUGGCUCAUAACGGUUGGGUUAUCAACGUUGAUCCGCUGAGGGAUUUCGCUCGGCCACAGAGUGGAACGGGUAAUGUUUACAUUCGGAGAGAACUGAUUGCGUGGGGCGAUAGUGUGAAGCUGCGCUAUGGUGAUAAACCCGAGGACAGCCCGUAUUUGUGGAAGCACAUGAAGGAGUAUGUUGAUACAACUGCCAGGAUUUUCGACGGUGUGCGGUUAGAUAAUUGUCAUUCAACGCCACUACAUGUGGCGGAGUGGUUGUUGGAUUCGGCUCGAAAAGCAAAUCCGGAGCUGUACGUAGUGGCUGAGUUGUUCACUAAUUCGGAUUACACCGACAACAUCUUUGUCAAUCGAUUGGGCAUAACCUCUCUUAUUCGAGAGGCACUUUCGGCAUGGGAUUCUCAUGAGGAAGGUCGUCUAGUGUACCGAUAUGGAGGCGCUCCAGUAGGGGCUUUCUUCCCUUGUCCGAAGCGCACUCUGGCUCCGAGCAUUGCCCAUGCUCUUUUUAUGGAUCUUACCCAUGACAAUCCAUCGGCAGUGGAGAAGCGAUCGAUUUUCGAUUUGAUUCCGUCUUCCGCAUUGGUUUCAAUGGCUUGUUGUGCCACUGGAAGCAACCGAGGCUACGACGAACUAGUGCCCCAUCAUAUCCAUGUAGUGGACGAAGAACGCCAGUACCAGGAGUGGGGCAAGCAUGUUAACAAGGAUACCGGUAUCGUGGCGGUGAAGGCGGCUCUCAAUCUGCUGCACGGUGGUCUGGCAACGCGAGGUUUCGACCAGCUGUUCGUGGAUCAAAUGCAUCCGGACAUCGUGGCGGUGACUCGCCAUUCGACUCUUAACCACGAAACCGUCAUUCUGGUGGCUCACUCUGCUUUCAGUUAUCCUAAUCCAUGGGCUGGUCCGACUGGUGUGCGACCGUUGCGCUUUGAGGGAAAUUUAUUGGAGAUCAUCUUUGAAGUGCAGAUUUACAAGAAAACCGGUCAAACAUUUGAUCGCCCAACGGAAUUCACGAAAGACGAACACUACAUCAACGGCGUUAAUGAGUACGUUAUUGAUUUCCGCAAAAAUCUGAAACUAGAGGAAUCGGAUAUCUUCCGAAAGGAUGCUGUUAUCGACGGAAACAUUACUCAGUUAGAGUUUGUUAACCUAAAACCUGGAUCCGUGGUUGCAGUACGUGUAGCUAUGAAGGACAACGUCAAACCACCCUUUGAAAGUCUUCAAAGCCUGGUGCGCGAAUUUCACCAGGAUAAAGGCUCUCGUUAUGCCGAGCUGCAGCACAUACUGUCGAAGCUAGAUUUGGUUGAUUUCAAUAACUUGCUUUAUUGUUGCGCUGAAGAAGAACGAGACAACGGUGGCGGGCCGUACAACGUGGCCGGCUACGGCGAUCUGGUCUACUCAGGCUUGCAAGGCAUCGUUUCGAUUCUAAGCGACAUUGGACCGAACAACGAUUUGGGACAUCCGUUGGCUAAUAAUUUACGAAACGGAAAUUGGCUGAUUGACUAUUGUUCGCAACGUUUAACGAAAUACCCGAAUCUGGUACCGGUGGGCAACUGGUUGACGAAGAACCUUGCUCCGCUGAAGGAAAUUCCUCGCUACAUGAUUCCCAGCUAUUUCGAUGUGAUCUUGACGGGCGUUCAUCGAAUGGCCAUCAAUGCCGCCUGUAAUCUUAUGCCGGACUUUGUCCGCCACGGCUCCAAUUUCGGCCGUCGUUUGGCGUUGGGCUCUGUUCAGUGCACUCGUGUGGCCCCGUCCGCCAAUCUUCCGAAGCUCAGCCCUAACGUGAAUGAGCCAAAACCCCCGCAGCAAUGUGCCACACUAGCCGCCGGUUUGCCCCAUUUCUCAACUGGAUAUAUGCGGUGCUGGGGUCGGGAUACGUUCAUCACACUGCCUGGAUUAAUGUUUCUUACCGGACGCUUUAAUGAGGCGCGUUACAUGAUUCUCGGGUUUGGAGGUUGUCUUCGACAUGGGCUGAUUCCAAAUCUGCUCGAUGGUGGCAUGAAUGCUCGCUUCAACUGCCGCGAUGCCAUUUGGUGGUGGCUUUACACGAUUAAAUUGUACGUCGAAGAGGCGCCCAACGGCAAGUCCAUCUUGAAGGAUAAGGUCUCCCGACUGUAUCCCACAGACGAUAGCGAAGCGAAAUUGCCGGGAGAGUGCGAUCAAAUGCUCUAUGAAACCAUCCAGGAAGCGCUGAGCGUCCACUUUCAGGGACUAUGCUAUCGGGAACGUAACGCGGGGUCUCGCAUCGAUGCACACAUGAAGGACAAGGGUUUCAACAAUCGUAUCGGAAUCGAUCCGGAAACUGGAUUCGUGUUCGGUGGAAACAACGCCAAUUGUGGCACCUGGAUGGAUAAAAUGGGAUCCAGCGACAAGGCCGGUAACAGAGGAAUUCCAUCAACGCCCCGAGAUGGAUCAGCCGUCGAACUGGUAGGAUUGCAGAUGGCUGCGUUACGAUUUAUGCAACGAAUGGCCGAGGAAAAAGUUAUACCGUACAAUUCUGUGGAGCGCACCUCGAAUAACGGAACCAAGAUAACGUGGACCUACAAGGAAUGGGCCAAUAAAAUAGCUGCCAACUUCGAAAAACAUUUCUACGUAGACGAAAGCAGUGAUAGCAAGUUUGUCAACAAGAAAGGAAUCUACAAAGAUACCUUAGGUUCGGAGAUUCCUUGGACGGAUUAUCAGUUGAGAUGCAACUUCCCCAUUGCACUUGUUGCUGCACCCGAGUUGUGCGACCCUAAACAUGCAUGGAGAGCGUUGGAGAACGCCAAAAAAUACCUUCUCGGUCCACUGGGAAUGAAGACUCUGGACUUCGAAGAUUGGGGCUACCGCGGUAACUACGACAAUUCGAUUGACAGCGACGACAAAACGGUCGCACAUGGAGCCAACUAUCACAACGGUCCGGAGUGGGUGUGGCCGAUCGGUUUCUACUUGCGGGCACGAUUGAUUUUCGCAAAAGCAAAUGGGUUACUGAAGGAAACGGUUGCCGAAACGUGGACCAUUUUGCAAGCACACUUGAAGGAACUGCAAACCAAUCAUUGGCGAGGCCUAGCCGAGCUCACUAACGAAGCUGGUGCCUACUGUAAGGACUCCUGCAGAACGCAAGCCUGGAGCAUGGGUUGUGUGCUGGAAGUGUUGCACGAUUUGGAAAAAUACGAGAAAGAUCUGUAAACGCAACUCGAAACAAAUGAAUCGGUUGUUUUUUAUCGGUGACUGCUGGCCACCGGUUUUAAAGAUUACGAACCGUGAAAAGUGUUAAGUUUUUUUUACAUUUUAAUUGUUUAUGUUUGUGCCUGUAGUUUACAAUUGUGUAUAUUUUAUAUCUGUUAAGUUUGCAAAGAGUAUGUAUUUUUUGCUAGGCUGCUUCAUCGCUCGUGGUGUAAAAAAACUGAACAAAAAUGUGAAACCAAACAAACCAUGAGAUAUCGCUCGGCAUGCCAGCACCAUCGCUUGUUUGAUCCGCGGAAAUAAACGUGGUUCGCCUUCAGAGGAAAAAAACCGGCUGCAUAUAUGGAUAAAUAAAAUAAAGUUAUUAAAUUCCCUGCUAAA